ACCGACGACGAUGAUGAUAACCCAGAGAAACCAUUUGAAAGUUUUGUACAACCAAACACAUCCCACAGCAAAGAGAGGCACAUAAGAGAGGAGCAGAGAGCAGAAACAGACGGCCACCAGAGAAGCAGUGGACAGACGCAGUCAUCCUGGCCACACUGGUAUCGUAAUGAGCCGUACCAUCCGAGAAGACCGAGGACAGACCUGGACCAAAGCAAUCAGUGGCAUCAUCCUCAAACACCAACCAGACCACCAAACCCAAGAUUUCAUAGACCGCCAUUUCAUCCCCAACCACCACUUCGACCUACAUUCCCAAAUCCACAAAAUCCACCAUCACAUGUGAAUCAAAACCAGAUUGGUUCAAGAUUCACCAACCAGCAUCCAGAGGAUUCUCACGCUCCACCAUUUCCUGGCUACCCACCUCCGAAUGUUUGCAGUCAAACCUCUCAGGGCUUUUACAGAGACGCUCCGCACUAUUUUGACAAGGACGAGCGGAUUUGUAGCUACGACGCUCGCUCAGGUAACGUAAGCUUCGACUGGUCUACUGACGCAAAGGAAGAAUGGUGUCAGUUUGGAGGAGAUUACGACUGGCGCCAGAGAAAUGAUUCAGAAACCGAACAGUGGGAUCGUCACAGCCAACACCCCGACAACACCAGCGCACAUCAUUCCUCCCUGGUGCUGAUCUUGAUGAGGGGGUUACCGGGAUCUGGGAAAUCAACUUUGGCCAGGGAGCUGCUCUCCACUGGUCCCAGCGGGCUCAUACUGAGCACGGAUGACUACUUCGCUCACAGAGAUGGAUAUCACUAUGAAGCAGGCCUUCUUGGGGCGGCACAUGAAUGGAACCAAAGACGAGCUGAAGACGCUAUGCAUGAUCGCCGAUCUCCCAUUAUCAUUGAUAACACAAACAUCCAAGCCUGGGAAAUGAAGCCAUAUGUCAAACUGGCCAUGGAGAGAGGCUACAAAGUGGACUUUUGUGAACCUGACACCAGCUGGAAGUUUGAUCCUUAUGAGCUGGAGAAGAGGAACAAGCACGGUGUUCCCCAUGAGAAGAUCGCAAAGAUGAUGGAUCAUUUUUCAUUCCCAAUAUCCGUCGACAUCGUCAUGAGAUCACAAGAGCCGCACCACGUCAACCAGAGACGUCAGCCGGAGCAGCCUCAGAUGAUGAGGAGAAACCGAGAUUUCAGUUAGCAUUCACAGAUUACCAGCUGAAUAUUUACCUCCAAGAAGAACACUUUUGUAACGAUGUACAUUUUGGUACUUACUGUGUUUGCGUAAUUUGUAAUAAAUUAUUUUGUUGAAUGUAAUUUUUCUACAGAGAGAAGAAAUGUAUUUUUUCUAAAGAAGUUUUCUUAAUUGUAGUGACAUUUGAUCUAAAAAGAAAUCGUUAAUUUGUAAUUUGUGUGUUUUAUACAAAGUUCAACAACAUGGAAACCCCCCUCAGGCUAUCCUUGUUUGCCUCGUGUUAGUUUUCUGUCAUGAUCCAUUACCAGCUUCUUGUUAAAUGUUUUCAGCAUCUUCUAAUUCUCUGAAGUUAGAAGAGCAAAUGCCACAAUUGUCGGUUCUGAUAAACAACAGUUUUAAUGCUUAUAAACCUCCUUGGUCAUUCCAGCUCUUUUUUUCCUUUUUUUUCAAAAGUAAUGAGUUAUUCAUCUGAAGCUUGUUUGAGGUUCCAGCAGGCUGGGUUAGAUGAACCAAGUCUCUUCUAAAUUCACUGUUUUUGUAUAAAAUGUCUCUUUUGUUUCUCAUCAACACUUUCCCAGUUCAGCUGAUCUGAAGGAAAGUAACAGAACAAAUAAAAGGAUUUUCUGAAA